AUGUCUCUGCCUUAUGAGCAAGUAGCAUCUGGACUAAAUGAGAUGCCCGUAGCAAGAAGCAUAGUGAAGCGGACUCUGUCCGUACACGUCCUGGAUGUUCGGAGCCGCACGGUGAUUGAGAAGCACUUGCACGCUCUCCAUAUUGAGUUUGAAACACACCCACUGAAGAGGAGUCCAGCCGUGCAGCUCAUUCCUCUCAUUCACAUUGGCACCUUCUUGGACAAGAAGCGCCAUCACAUCCCGUCGGCCAGCAGUGAGGUAAGUCCAAGACGUGAGGGCAGUCCAAAAUGCAGUCUUGACGCUCUCUGUGUUGCAUUGAAGGAGCUGCCUCACAACAUUUUGAUGACCUCUAUCACAAGCAUACCACAAGGGGCUGCAAAAAAACUCGUCAGGGUGAGCAUGGCGUUGCACGUCGGCCCGGAGGUCGAUGAGACGCUGAACAAGGACCGUCGAGCCCUCACCAGCAGCGCGGUGGAGUGCACUGAAAGCUCCUGGGCCUUCGCUAUUUAUGUUUGCACGCAGCUGCACAAGUUUGGUCACGACUGCUGGUGA